CUCACAUAUGAGCCUGUUUUGUCGAUGUAGGAACAUGCAGUCCUUUGCUGAGUUAACGAUUAUGUAAAUACAUGUUUAUAAAAUAUAAUCCGAAGUAAUGUUAUGUAUGAUCGGCAAAGCAGAUUGAAAAGUCUGAAAAUGGCAAUGAGUCGUUUGGGAGGCGAGAGUGUCGGUUCUUAUCGGACAAUGACUGGUAAAGGAUUGCCGAUGACCCUCAGGGGGACAGAUGUUAAAGGAACUAAACUGAAAGUGCCAGAGGUGGAACAUGCGGGCAGGUUUUGCGAUGAUUCUCCAGCAAAGAAGAUGAAGGUGCCUUGUCUCAAAUCACCCCCUGUGGAUGGGACUGAUGGGUUUGAAACAGCAUGCUCAGGUGCUGUCAGAGACAUCAAUCUCCUGUUCACAAAAUACUCAGAGGUGUUGCGAUGGUGUGAUGUUUGCUUCCAGAGUUUGCUGGUAUUUAUUCGAAUCCAUGCUUCCCUCGACCAAUGAAACGUGCCCUGUGCCACUGGCUGCAACACAACCCCAAAGCAUGAUCAAUCCACACCCAUGCUUCAGAGUUGGAGAGGUGUUCUUUUCCUGGAAUUUGGCACCCUUUUUUCUCCAAACAUACCUUUGCACAUUGUGGCCAAAAAGUUCUAUUUUGAUUUCAUCAGCCCACAGGACUUGUUUCCAAAAUGCAUCAGGCUUAUUUAGAUGUUCAUUUGCAAACUUCAGACGCUGAAUUUUGUGGCUCGGACGCAGGAAAAGUUUUCUUCUGAUGACUCUUCCAUGAAGGUCAUAUUUGUUCAGGUGUCGCUGCAUAGUAGAACAGUGCACCACCACUCCAGGGUCUGCUCAAUCUUUCUGAAGGUCUUUUGCAGUCAAACAGGGGUUUUUAUUUGCCUUUCUAGCAAUCCAACGAGCAGUUCUUUCAGAAAGUUUUCUUCAUCUUCCAGACCUCACCUUGAUCUCCACCGUUUCUGUUAACUGCCAUUUCUUAAUAACAUUACAAUCUGAGGAAACAGCGACCUGAAAACACUUUUUGCUACGUUCUUGUAGCCUUCUCCUGCUUUGUGAGCAUCAAUUAUUUUAUUAUUCAGAAUGUGAGGGAGUUGCUUAGAGGAGCCCAUGGCUGUUGAUUUUAGGGACAAGUUUGAGGAGUCAGAGAAUUUAUGCAGCUUUGAAAUCUGCAUCAUCUGACCUUUCCUAACGAAGAAUUUGAACAAGCCACAGCUCAAUAAGCUAAUUAAGGUCUGGAACUUUGGUAAAAGUUACCUGAGAACUCAAAUGUAUUGAGGUGCCCAAACUUUCGCAUGGUGUUCCUUUUCUUUUUUCACUCUCCAAUUGUACAAAACAAAAAUAAUACACAAAUCUUGUAGAAAACGCUGAAAGAAAUGUCAUCUUUACCUUUAUGCCUUUUGGUGAUCAGUUCAUCUUCUGCUCACUUAACUAUUCACAGUAACAGACAUUUUCAGUAAGGGUGCCCAAACUUUUGCAUGCCAUUGUACAUUACGAUAAGCAUUUAUUCCUCGCCAGCAGCAAAACGUGGCCUGUCAUUUCACAGAGAAAACAAAGUUUGACUGAGACUAACCCUGUGUCAGAAAUCACUCACUUGUUCACUACUCCCUACUCACUAUCUAGGGAAUUCUGUGUAGAGGACUAUGUAGUGAGCACAUUGGUAAAAUGAAAAAACACUUUUGGACACUAGUCCGCCACACUGUUAUUUACGUCAUUACUGUUGUACAAUUAAAACGUGCCAGAUCAGUCGGCUUGUGGGUUUUCAAAAAUAAUAAAUCCAUGCAUUUAUUUUUUUCGCUGUCCAAAUCCUGCGCUCUGAUUGGCUGGUGAGUGGGUCCGUAUCCUACGGUACGGACCUCAGUUACGGACCCCGGUUAUGGACCUCUGGCGACUCGCUCGUUCACAACAGCAACAAACAUAGUAGCAUUUUUUGUCAACAUUUAUCUUUUUUAAGAUUUAUUUAAAAGAUUAUCAAAAAUCUUAUAAAUUUUUGCCAGCAUUUCUCAGGAGAAUAGCGUUAAUUUUACAGCAUGGAUAGUGAACACUAUCAUUAUCACAGCGAAAGCGGGUUUUACUACCCUGAGAAAGACGAAAUAAAAGAAAGCAUUUCAGGAGAAAGCUAAAAACCUCUAACUUGCUAACGCCGGGCAAAAACAUGGCUGAAUCCUGAAUGACUCCUAUUUGUAUAAAUAGGGGACUACAUAGGCGGCAAAAUGUAGUUUUUUUCCUGCCAUGGAAGUGCACUUGUAUACCGAGGAGGAAGCCAUUUGCAUUACAGCCGUGAAUGAGGAUUCAAAAUGGCGGCUCGGCUCGGUUUUCCCUUUCGGGCGCUCUCGUUUUCUGUUAGAACUUGGUCAAGAAAAAAAUAAAUAUAUUAUUUACCAGCUUAAGGUCGGUCCGUAUGGUGAAAUACCGUGACCUCGGCCCUGAAUACUGACC